UCGAAAUCCUAACACGUGGCAGUCGAAUCGAUCAUGUUAAGUUCUGAAGCGAAUUCCUUAUAAGAUGCUCCGUGUUUUGUAAAUAAUACCAAGAGGUCGAUGAACCCUUACCACGUUGCCGGAUCUUGCCUUUCUAUCUGCCAUUUCUUCCGUCGUAACGAAAUUUACGACAAAUCAUGAGAGAAACAAAGUGCAUUUGGCAUUUACCUCGUCCAGCUGUGGGGCAGAUCAGCGUUAAACUCACUCUAAAUGGAUGUUAGAAGUGUGUUAUGGCAAGGCAGCGAUGGUGAAAGGGACUGAGCGUACAUGAGCAUGACACACGGGAGUCGUACUUACCUGGUGCGUAGCAUAUACAAUGUGCUUUCUACAUAUUGGCCAUUCAGGCUAUUUUCAUCCUGGACGUUACAUUCUGUCAGAAGUUCAGCGUUCGCAGUCGGAAAUUUUAUCGGGGCAUUUUCUACUUGUGAUGACGGCCACAACAGCGAGAAAUAGGACGAGACAUCACACCCAUCACAUGUGAAUAUCUUUCUGUCUGCUGUUUUCAUACUGCCCUCUGAAGCAGCGCCAUGAACAACGGAUGUGUAGCCGUGCCGAUACUUUCAGAGCGAGGACUGCGGCCAGCGACCAUAAUGGAGGCCAGCACCGCCGACCACCUGCUGAUCAAGAGUGUGGACGACAUCACUGAGUCCUGGGUGAGGGAGUUGCUCUUACACAGGUGCGACUUGCCAGAUCCGAAGCCUCCUAUGCAGUUGAAGAGCUGGGUGAAAGGCAAGUGCCCCUCCGGUGACCCUCUCGCGGGCUUCUCGAGCACGAGGGCGACGGUCCAAGUGGCAUACGAGGUCGAGGGCGAAGGUGGAACACUCAGAAAGGAAACCUUCGUGGUGAAGCUCAUCCCCACACUUGGCUUUAUGUCGGAGCUGCUGAUCUCACCCCUCGCAGAUCCGAAGCCUCCUAUGCAGUUGAAGAGCUGGGUGAAAGGCAAGUGCCCCUCCGGUGACCCUCUCGCGGGCUUCUCGAGCACGAGGGCGACGGUCCAAGUGGCAUACGAGGUCGAGGGCGAAGGUGGAACACUCAGAAAGGAAACCUUCGUGGUGAAGCUCAUCCCCACACUUGGCUUUAUGUCAUCCAUAUUCCGCCUUCCUGCUUCUGUCAUUAAAACGUUUAUUGUACAUGGAGUGCGUACCCAGAAGGAAAUGUAA